AUAUUAUUUCCCAGCGGAAAUUAUAGAACUAACCGCCCCUCCGGCAGCCGUUCGUCGGAAUUACGAAACUGGCAAACUCAGAGUGGUCGUCGGAGCAGAGGGAGAGCGUUGGGAGAGUGAAGGCUCUUUACGAGGCGUUAGGUUCCAAGGACGUGGAGACGGUGCACCGCCUUCUGGCGCCGGACCUGGAGUGGUGGUUCCAUGGUCCUCCGUCGCACCAAUACUUGAUGCGCCUCCUCACCGGCGCCUCCUCUUCCUUCGUGUUCGCACCAAUCUCCGUCGUGCCAUUUGGGGCCACCGUGGUGCUGGCGGAAGGCUACAACACAAAACGCGCCGUUUCAUGGGUCCACGCAUGGACCGUUACUGAUGGGGUCAUCACCCACGUGAAGGAAUAUCUCAACACCUCUGUUACUGUCAAGCGCUUCGCCUCCGCCGUCGACGGGGACGGGGACUCGCCGUCCACAUCGCCGCCGCCUAACUGCCAGAGUGUGUGGCAGAGCAAGGUGUGGGGAAAAUCGGUGGUGCCUGCUCUUGUUUUGGCCCUUUAAAAUAAUUAAUUAAUACAUACAUAUAUAUAUAUAUAAUAUGUGUGUGUG